UCCACCACCCCCACCUCACCACCACCACCCCCACCUUCACCACCACCACCCCCACUCUCACCACCCCCACCUUCACCACCACCACCACCACCACCCCCCCCCUCACCACCCCCACCUUCACCACCACCACCCCCCACCUUCUCACCACCCCCACCUUCACCACCACCCCCACCCCCACCUUCACCACCACCACCCCCACCUUCACCACCACCACCCCCACCUUCUCCACCCCCACCUUCACCACCACCACCCCCACCUUCACCACCACCACCCCCACUCUCACCACCCCCACCUUCACCACCACCACCCCCACCUUCACCACCACCACCCCCACCUUCUCCACCCCCACCCCCACCUUCUCCACCACCACCCCCACCAUCUACCACCACCCCCACCUUCUCACCACCCCCACCUUCACCACCACCACCCCCACCUUCACCACCACCACCCCCACCUUCUCCACCACCACCACCUUCACCACCACCACCACCACCACCCCACCACCACCCCCCUCCUCCACCACCACCACCCCCUCCUCCACCACCACCCCCACCUUCUCCACCACCACCCCCCUCCUCCACCAAUCCUCCACCACCACCACCCCCACCCCCACCACCCCCACCUUCACCACCACCACCCCCCUCCUCCACCACCACCACCACCAGCCCUAUCCUCCACCACCACCACCCCCACCACCCCCACCUUCACCACCACCACCCCCCUCCUCCACCACCACCACCACCACCACCACCUCCACCACCACCACCACCACCACCACCACCACCACCACCACCAUCACCCCCACCACCACCACCACCACCACCACCACCACCCCCACCUUCACCACCACCACCACCACCACCUCCACCAUCACCACCACCACCCCCCCCUCCUCCACCACCACCACCACCACCACCACCUCCACCAUCACCACCACCACCCCCCCCUCCUCCACCACCACCACCAUCACCACCCCCACCACCACCACCUCCACCAUCACCACCACCACCA